AUGGCCAAACCAGGAAACGCAGUGCCAUCAAAAAUAAGAGAAAGCACAAGGUUUUAUCCAUAUUUUAAGGAUUGUGUUGGGGCUAUUGACGGAACACAUAUUCCUGCUAUGAUUGUUGGAAAUGAAACUGCUAGCUACCGGAAUCGUAAAGGGAUUUUAUCCCAAAAUGUGUUAGCUGCAUGCAACUUUGAUUUAGAAUUUAUAUAUGUCCUUAGUGGAUGGGAAGGUUCAGCUCACGAUGCAAAAGUGUUAAAUGAUGCUUUAACAAGAAGUAUCAAUAGAUUUGAAUUUGCUCCUGAGGAAUCUCAUGAUGAACAAAGUGUUGUUGAAACAAAUAGUGGUGGUGAUCAAUUCCUUGGUACACAAGACCAACAAAGAGAAUAUGCUAACGAGUGGAGAACAACAAUUGCUACAACUAUGUGGAAUGAUGCUAUCAUUAGUGGUUCUCAACGGAGGUUUAACUUGGACAAUAUACACUCAGUUCUCAUAAUAAGGCCAAGUGAAGUCGGUAGGUAG